AUGUUGCAUUGUUAUGCUCGUGUAUUGGCUCGUUAUCCAUACUUGAUAGUUGGUGCUGUCUUGGUUGUAACAAUCACAUGUCUGGGUGUUUCAAUAUUCAAGAGUGAAGGCUUUCAUUUUGAACGACCAAGAGCUGGAUUUGAGACUCGGGGCACUGAGCUGAGUGAAAAACUUGUUGCUUACAACAAUCUUUUGCGCAUCAGUGAAAACUCCCUGUCUUUAACGCCUUUUCCCUACCAGCACAAGACCAAGUUCCAUCACAAAAUCCGACAUAGGAACAAAAACAGACACAGGAAAAACCGGCGCAAAAAUCGAAAGCGAAAGAAGAAAAAGAAUAAAAGGAAGAAACAGCGGCGCUUAAGGAAUACGUUAGGAGUAAAGAAGGUUGCUUUGGGCUCUCGACAUGGAAAUAGGUUAAGGAAAACAGCAGCUGAAAAUUACUUCUGUGAUGAUCUUGAUGAGAAAUAUGCUCGUGUCGUGUUCAAAAGCCUUGAUGGCAGUUCGCUGUUCACUUUGAAAAACAUCCAAGCCAUGUGUCGACUUGAAUCUAAAGUUGUGCGGUCUACGUCAUUAUUUACUGAACUUUGCAUUGAUGACAGCCGUGAAUGCAGGAGUUGGUCCCUUGGAAACUAUAUUGGUUUGCUAAGCAACAAAACCUCUUGCACUGAUCUUGAAGAGAAUGACAUUGCACUGGCCUUGCAAACCUUAUCUCACUGUGGCCAGUUCUAUCGCAACUAUUCCUUGGGGGCUUACUGUGAAGAGUGUGUCAGGGUCCCCGCCGCUUGCAAACUACACAAUGCAGUCUACCACAUCCUUCACUACCUCACAGAUGCACAUUUUACAACAAUCACUCCUCAGGAUCAGCCUGUGCUUGCAUACAGUGUAUCAUUCUUACCCUUUGUACAAAGUUCAGCCACGGUGAAUUUAUUUGAAUAUAUCGAGGGACAAGAUUUGCAAGAAGGAAAUGUGGAGCUUGUUGCUGCAAACUUUGGAAUCAAAGAUGUUCUUUUUAAGCAGUACAUAUGGCUGGAUAGCAAAUGGCUUCUUCUCACUGCUGCAUCCAUUUUUCUGGCCAUCUGGCUCUACUCUGCUUCCUUCUUUAUCACACUCAUGACGUUCCUUGCAAUAUUUUGGUCUCUAGAAAUUGCCUACUUUCUAUACGUCUUUGUGAUGGGGAUUUCUUUCUUUCCCUACAUGAACAUGGUGACUGUGAUGAUCAUGGUCGGAAUUGGGGCAGACGACACGUUUAUUUACUGCAAAGUGUGGAACCUUGCCAAGACGGAAAGGAGCAAUGUGACCCUGGAGAAAAUUGUAGCCGAGACCUUAAAACAUGCAGCUACAUCUAUGCUUGUGUCCAGUCUGACCACGGCAGCUGCAUUCUUGGCUAACGUCAUCAGUGACAUUACAGCUAUUCGAUGUUUCAGUAUUUAUGUUGGAACCUCUGUCCUUUGCAACUUUCUGCUCAUGAUGACCUGGAUGCCAGCAAUGAUUGUCAUUUAUGAAAAAUCUUGCAACUGUCUUCCAUGUUGUAGCUCUGAUAAACAAGGCCCAGGCUCUGUGCUGUGUCGUGUGCCUAGAAAUAUCCAUAAAUCUAUCUCAAAUUGUUCUAGAAUAUUCUUUGAGAAAAUUCUACCAUGUCUUGUCAUUAAAUUCCGUUAUUUUUGGCUUGUUGCAUUUGGAAUUUUAGGUCUGGCAUCAAUAGCCAUUGUGUUUGUUUAUCCUGGCAUCAAGUUACCCACCAAGGAAAAAUUCCAAUACUUUUCUUCGAGUCAUCUCCUUGAAGUUUAUGACUUGCAUUUGUGGAAUCAUUUUUGGUUUGAGAAAACAGAGAUUGACCAAGUACCCCUUAUGCCGAUCACAGUUGUGUGGGGUGUCUUGGCAGAGGACACCGGUGACCCCCUUAAUCCAUCCGAUCGUGGCACUUUGAGAUUUGAUAAUAGUUUUCACAUGGAAACCACAAAAGCCCAAGCUUGGCUUAUGGACUUCUGUAGCAGAUUCCGCCAGCAGCCUUUCUAUCAACAUGUGCCGGGUUAUGAAAUAGCAAAUUGUUUUCUUGAAAACUAUCGCAACUACAUGGCUGCCCCUUGCGUUGAUGACUACCAAAAAACCCAGGGUUGUUGCAACGUGUCAUCUUUCCCAUACAGUCCUGAAACAUUCACUAGGUGCCUUGGACUGUACAUUCCUGACCUGAUGAACACGCCAUACAUUGGUUCAUAUUAUUCCAAUUAUCAGCUGCCAGGACCAAGGUUCAAAGAUGGUCAGAUUCGUGCUUUUCUUGUAGAAUUUAGCAGUGCUGUCCCCUUUACAAAUGCAUACGAGAAACUCCGUUCAUUUUACUCUCAAGUAAACAUGUGGAUUAGGGACCAACUCAGUCAAGCUCCUGAGGAGAUCCGAGGGGGCUGGUUUGUUAGCUAUUUGCAGUUUUUUGAUCUUCAGAACAGCAUUCUUCACGGUCUUCCUCUUGCCCUAGGUCUGUCCGUUGCUGUUGCUGCUACUGUGAUAUUCUUUACGACGCUUAACUUUUUUUUAAGCCUCUAUGCUGUUGUUACUGUUGCAUUUACUAUUCUGACGACCGUGGCUGCCCUUCUUCUGCUUGGCUGGGAGCUAAACAUUUUAGAAUCCGUCGUGAUUACUGUCGCUAUCGGUAUGUCCAUUGACUUCACUCUACAUUAUGGUGUUGCUUAUCGUUUGUCUUCCGAUCUGGAUACCGAACUGCGUGUUGUCUGCUCCAUUAGCAGGAUGGGCUCAGCUAUUGCUAUGGCUUCUCUGACCACUUUCUUUGCUGGAGCUUUAAUGUUACCAGCCACUGUCCUUGUUUACAGACAGUUUGGUCUGUUUUUAAUGAUUCUCAUCACAACUAGUUGGCUCUAUGCUACUUUCUUCUUCCAAUCUCUUCUGCGUGUUUUGGGGCCAUCAGGAACAUUCGGACAGUUCUACUGGCCGAGCUGGUCCUGUUGUGCAAAUUCUACAAGAUCCAAGGACAAAGGCGGACAGUCUGUGUCUGAAUCCACUCUGUCCAGCUCCACUGUCAGCAACCAGCUCCGUUCAGGUUUUGAAAAUCAUGAAUUAGAAAGACUGACGAAAUGGUCAGCCCAGGUGCCUCCUUAUUCUGGUCACAGUAACCAUGCAAGGCAACCCAUCGUUCCCAAACAGUCCAGUAAAAAGGCAGCUUAUUACAAAGAACCUUGUAGCAAAUGUGCAAGUCAAUCUCACAAGAAAUCCAUGUCAACCCGAGAUAAUCAACUGAAAAACCAUUUCUUAUUAGUAAAACAAGAAAGUAAUUCUAUACCUGCCAAUAAUUGUUCUAGUGGAGAAGAAUCUGAGGUUUGGAUUCGAAGAGUAGACACUUGA